GUCAUGACCACUCGAUGGGUUAAGCUUACUUUCGUCGAAAACACAUGGUAGGGCUUAGUUUUGAUCCAGCAGAUAACGGUGUGGUGUGUGGUGCAAUUCCACAAGAGAUCGGGAAGCUUUGUAGCUUGGAGGUAUUGGCUAUUCAGGACGCCGCCCUCAUUGGUCUCGUACCUUCUUCAAUCUACAACAUCUCUUCUCUAAAAUGGCUUUUCCUGUACGAAAACAACCUAUCUGGAAUUUUGCCAAAGGAGACAUGUCUGCAUGUCCCAAAGCUCCAAGUUCUUGAUCUUCAUGAUAAUAAGUUUACAGGAACCAUUCCACAAGGAAUUGGGAACUGUACGUCCCUUUCGAUGUUAUAUCUCAAUGGCAACAAUCUGACAGGUGUAAUCCCACAAGAAAUUGGUCAUCUUGGCAAUUUGGAGAGGUUGGUUCUUGCUUUCAAUGUCUUGAGAGGCCCCAUUCCAGCCUUAAUCUUCAACAACUCAGCACUACAGAUCAUUUCACUGGCAGACAAUUUCCUUUCAGGCAAAAUUCCAUCAAUUAUAGGCCAGAGGCAACCCAAUCUUGAACAACUUAUUCUUCCAAGGAAUAACCUCAGUGGGAUGAUUCCCAACUCUAUCUCAAAUGCCUCUAAACUCACUACACUAGACCUUACUUCCAAUGCAUUCACUGGUUCCAUUCCCAACAAACUUGGCAAUCUGAAACAACUUCAGCUUCUUGGUUUUGGACAGAAUAAUCUUGUCAACGAACAUCCAUCUGCAGAAUUGAGUUUCCUCACCUCCUUGACAAAUUGCAGACAUCUAAGAAUAUUCUGGAUAACUAAUAAUCCCCUAGAAGGCAUUCUUCCAGUUUCUAUAGGGAAUUUCUCUGAUUCUCUGAAAAUUGUUGACAUGCAUGGUUGCAAAAUCAGGGGAAAAAUUCCUGAUGAAAUUGGUAACUUGAGUAAUUUGGCAUUCUUAAACCUACGUAGGAAUGAGGUGACUGGUGUCAUCCCGACAACUGUUAGUGGGCUAUUGAAGCUUCAAGGUUUAAGUCUUAUCGACAACAAACUGCAAGGAUGCAUUCCUAAUGAUAUUUGUGGCCUCAAGGAUGUUGGUUACUUAGGUUUGAGCAAAAAUAGGCUUUAUUGCUCAGUGCUACCUUGCUUGGGGAAUAUUACUUCUCUGAGAUACCUCCUCCUGGAUGACAAUGAAUUAACUUCUAGCAUACCGGCUAUAUUGUGGAGCCUCAAAGAUCUUUUGAAGCUCAACUUGUCCUCAAAUUUUAUAAGUGGCCAUCUAUCCCCGAAAAUUGGAGGAUUAAAGGUUGCAACAUCAAUAGAUCUAUCCAUGAAUCAACUCUCGGGCAAUAUUCCUAGCACAAUGGGAAAUCUGCAGAACUUGAUUAAUUUUUCUAUAGCGCAUAAUGGAUUUCAAGGACCUAUUGAGACAUUUGGCAAGUUGGUAAGUUUGGAAAGCUUGGAUUUAUCUCGUAACCAUCUCACUGGUGUGAUUCCUAAUUCAUUAGAGGCUCUUCUAUAUCUCAAGUAUUUCAAUGUGUCUUUCAACGGAUUAAGUGGAGAAAUCCCCACCAGAGGUUGCUUUGCAAACUUCACGAAUCAAUCAUUCAUGUCAAACGAAGCAUUGUGUGGUGCUCCUAGGUUGGGUGUCCCAUCCUGUCAUACAAAAACUCUUUACCUUACAAGGAGAAGAAGAGUUCUUCUAGCUGUAUAUAUUUCCGUAGUGAUUGCUCUGAUAGUGCUUGCCUUGAUCUUCACAUUUGUGCUGGUAAGACGCCGAAAAAUAAACAGAAUUCCUGCUCAGACUGAACCAUUGCCAGGGAUAACACAUGGAAGAAUUACAAACGAAGAACUUUUUCGUGCCACCGAUGGUUUUAGUGACAGCAACUUGCUUGGCAAGGGGAGUUUUGGUUCAGUAUACAAAGGGAAGUUCAGAGAUGGGACACUUUUGGCCAUUAAGGUAUUCAACAUGCAACUGGAGGAUGCAUUCAAGAGUUUUCAUACAGAAUGCGAAGUGUUGCGCAGCAUCCGGCACCGGAAUCUGACCAAAGUCAUCAGCAGUUGCUCUAACCUUGAUUUCAAGGCAUUGGCACUGGAGUUCAUGCCUAAUGGGAGCCUGGAAAGGUGGUUAUAUUCUCACAACUAUUUCUUGGAUAUGUUGCAAAGAUUAAGCAUAAUGAUAGAUGUGGCAUGUGCAUUGGAUUACCUCCACCAAGGAUAUUCAACUACUGUGGUUCAUUGUGAUUUGAAGCCCAGCAAUGUCCUGCUAGAUGAAGACAUGGUCGGACAUGUGAGUGAUUUUGGCAUUGCAAAGUUAUUAGGUGCAGGGGACAGUAUUGCACAAACCAAAACCCUUGGCACAUUUGGGUAUAUGGCACCAGAGAUUGGAUUGGAAGGAUUAGUAUCGACAAGGGGUGAUAUUUACAGCUAUGGCAUUUUGGUGAUGGAAACAUUCACUAGAAGGAAGCCUAUUGAUGAAAUGUUUGCUGGAGACUUGAGCUUGAAGCAAUGGGUAAAGGAUUCACUGCCUGAUGGUAUAAUUCAAGUCAUAGAUGCCAACUUGCUAAGGCCAGAGGAAGAACACUUCGCUGAGAAGGCACAUUGUGUGUCUUCAAUUAUGGAACUAGCUUUGAACUGCUCUGCAGAAUCUCCUGCAGAGAGGAUCAACAUGAAAGAUGUUGCAGCCGCACUGAAGAAGAUCAGACAACAGUUUCUUGCAAGGACGAGUCUAUAAUUUUCUUUGGUAAUAGCAUUCCAACCAUGCGACUUUAGACUUUAUAGUUCCAAUAAAAAAGUUGGAUGCUCAAUCACCUGCUAACCAUGUGUAUCAACUAACCUUGUACAGUUGCUGAUUAGUUCAGUAUAUGCUAUAGUUGUAUGCUUUAUAUCUUGG